AUGACAGCAAUCGGAAGAUUUCUACCCAAGGCCGCCCUAAGAGCCCUACCACUCUAUGCCUUACUAAAGAAAGGAGCGAACUUUACCUGGUCGGAAGAGGCUGAACAGGCUUUCUCCCGGCUGAAAGAGAUUCUCACCUCUCCACCGAUCCUGUCAAGUCCAAAGCCAGGGGAGCCCCUGUACUUAUACUUAGCUGUUCGAGACAAGGCUGUGAGCUCCGUACUGGUAAGAGAGGAGGCGGGAGUCCAACUUCCGGUUUACUUCGUCAGUCGCUUGCUCAAGGGAGCUGAGCUCAGAUAUCAGAUGCUCGAGAAAGUUGCACUCGCCCUCCUAACCACUGUCAGACGGCUCAGAAGGUACUUCCAAUCUCAUAGCAUCAUUGUCCGCACGGAUCAACCGGUCAAACAAGUCCUCCAUAAGCCAGAUCUAGUCGGGCGAAUGGUGGGUUGGUCGAUCGAGUUAUCUGAGCAUGACAUUCGCUACGAACCCAGACGUGCGAUCAAAGCGCAAGUCCUAGCAGACUUCCUGGUGGAACUCACGAGCGAUGAAGACCCACCAGCAGAAAUCUCCUGGGUCGUCCAUGUGGAUGGCUCGAGCAACAAAGAGGGGGGCGGCGCAGGGAUCGUCCUCCAAAGUAACUCAGGGAUGGUCGUAGAACAGUCGCUGCGCUUUAAUUUCCCAGCCACUAACAACCAAGCUGAAUAUGAAGCUUGCAUAGCCGGUCUGGUGACGGCGCGAGACCUGGGGGCGCAGGACAUACUUUUCUGCUGCGACUUGUUACUAGUGGUCUCCCAGGCUAACGGCGAAGCACAGGCCAAGGACCCAAUUCUGGAACAAUACCUCUCCCAUCUAAAACGGCUGGCUGCAACCUUCCGUAAGGUAGAAUUCCGCCACGUCCCGAGAGCUCAAAACGACCACGCGGAUACCCUAGCAAAGCUGGCUAGCACCGGGAAACCCGGCCUGAACAGGACAGUCAUUCAGGGCACCCAUGCCCACCCUUACGUCUCAAACCCCGACCGUCCCGCUGGAGUCAACACCUUGAGCAUUGGCGCAGACAACGAUUGGAGGGCCCCAAUUGUUAAGAACCUCACAACGGGCUGGCUACCACCCGACAAGUUGGAGGCAAAGAAGCUAACUAGAAGUGCUUCCUGGUACACCAUCGUAAACGGUGACCUCUUUAAGAGAGGAUUUUCCACUCCGCUCCUCAAGUGCUUGUCAAAGGAACGAGCAGAGUAUGUGCUCGCAGAGAUCCAUGAGGGCAGCUGUGGCCACCACCCCGGCGGGCGUUCUCUGGCAAGAAAGGUCCUCCGGGCCGGCUAUUACUGGCCCACCCUGGAGAAAGACGCUGCCGACCACGUCAAACACUGUGACCCGUGCCAGAAGCAUGCCGACCAUCGCUUAGCUCCACCCGAACAACUCUCGAAUAUGGUCUCCCCUUGGCCUUUCCACCAAUGGGGAAUGGACCUCUUGGGACCCUUUGAAACCGCCCCGGGACAGCUGAAGCACCUGGUGGUCGUGGUAGACUACUUCACCAAGUGGAUUGAGGCAGAGCCCCUUGCAACUAUCACUUCAGCCCGCAUACAACGUUUCUUUUACAAGAACAUCAUCAGCCGGUUCGGGGUACCUGGAGUCCUGAUUACCGACAAUGGCACACAAUUUACCUCCAAAGGAUUCAAGGAGCUCGUGGACAGACUUCACAUCAAGCACCACUUCACCUCUGUGGAACACCCCCAGACGAACUGA